UGAAGUUGAUAUUAUUAUUAUUAUCAUACAUAAUCAAAGUUCUAAACAAAAAUUAGCAAAAUAAAAUGGCAAGCUUAUCUUUUGUUGCUAGAAAAUGUACACCUAAUGUUAAGGCUCUUCAGACUAUUACCAAAAGAUUUGUUCAAUCUGGAUCUAGCUCACCCUCUCAAGAAGCAGCAAACACAGCCAAAAGAGGUCUCAACGAGGCUCUAAGGGCCGGUGAAAACCUAAAAAAUCAGACUGUUUCCACCACUGAAAACAUUGCGGAUAGCACAAAGGAAUCAGCACAUGGUGUAGCAGAUAAAGCAAAAGAAGCAGCCCAAGGAGCUUGGGAAUCAGCAAAGGAAACAGCCCAAAAGACUAAGGACAAUGUCUUUAACAAGGCUGAUGAAGCUAAGGAAAGUGUCAAAGAGACUGCAAAACGCAGCAUGAACACCAAGAACAACCCCAAUUGUUAGAUUAUACUUAAUAAUUAAUAAUUGGAUCAUUAAAUAUAAUUAUAACAUAAAUAUAUAGUGGGUGAACCCCUAUACUAGCUUGAUUUUAAUUGAACUAUUAUAUAUUUAAUUUUUUGUAAUUUCUUAUUUUUUUCUAGCUAGUAUAU